GUGCUGUCAGCGUAUCUCAUCCGCACGCAACGCGUAUGUAACCACCUUCUCUAUACACACUUAACUUCGCGCUUUCGAGUGAAAGAUAUUUUUUACCAGCGCGUUUUUGUAUUUUUCUCCCUCUCGAUACAAGCUGCAAGGUGCACGCACGAAAACAAUAGCGCCAAACGUUGCGUAGGAAAAGAUUAAUCCAUUCGGAGACAACUCGCACAGACGUAGCAUUUACAGCGCUGCCGGAUGAACAGAUAGCCAAAACGGCUUGGGAAGCGAGAAAUUCAUACGGUGCUGCUGCUUCUCCGCCGAGACGAGAAAAACGCAAGCUCGAUAUGUCGUGCUAGUGUUCAAAUAUGAAUGUUUUCAAUCGAGCGUUGCCUAGUAUGAAUCCACAGGAGUUUGGUACUAUGGUUUGGAUGGGACAGCUUGCAUCACCGCUUGAUGAGAAUUUAACAAAUUACUACGGACCACCGCCGGUUUCAAGCGUCAUGGAAGAUAUCACACAACAGACCCAAACUAUGGACAUGAAUCCAGCUGCCAUUAGUUCGCUCAUAAGCGAAUACAGCGGACACUUGACGGCUAUUCCCACACCGUCCGGAAUGGCCGCAGUGCCGAAUGCUGCCGAGGCCCUGGCACUGACUAAUCCGGAAUUGUUCAAUAUUCAGCAGCAGCAGCAGCAGCAGGCGCAACAUCAUCAGCAGCUACUGCAACAACAGCUUGCACUGAGUGGAUAUGGAUUUUUGGAUCAAACCGGUGCACUGGCCGCUGCAAACAACGUUCCAACGCAUGGCAACACACCGGCAACAGCGGCAGGCAUUGGACCACCAAACCUGGCCGCUGUUGGCAUGCGUCUUAUGGACGGGAGUGGGAAACUUGCAGUCAACAGCAGGGUACUGGCAGCGGCAGGUGCAGUAGCUGCAGCAGCAUCAUCGUCGGUCUCAGAUGAUGAUGGAAAUAACGAAGGAUUGGAGGCUCCUGGAGAAGAUGAAGAUCAUCCCACAUUGCAAAAUUACGAGCAGUAUCAACAGAUGAUAAACAAUGGGACAGGAAGCGAUUACCUUUCCGUGUCCGGCCAGGACAAUUUGCUUCCGUACAAGUUUAUGAACGAUCCACACUUGAUGCAGCAUCACUUCCUUGACUAUGACGUCAUGGCAGAUGCUUCGAACAGCAACAGCAGUAACAGCAAUAGCCAAUGCAGUCCUGGCGCAACGGAAACAAUGGACGUAGACCAUCAGAGUGGUGUAUCGAACCAAGCGGUUUCACGAUUUCAACAGCAGCAGGCACGGCAACAAGAAGCCCUUAGCGGUGGAGUAUCUUAUCCUGCGACGCUCUAUGGUGGCCCAAUGCCUGUUGAACGAUAUCCGAGUAAAAAAAUUAGACCAGUGAAGAGACCUGGCCUGGUACUAAAAACCCCCAUAGCUUACAAAGGUGACAUAGAUCCGUCGGUGAUUCCCAUACAACGCGAUGGCAUGGCUAUCUGCGAAAAAUGCGGUGCCAUCGGAGUAAAACAUUCGUUCUACACAAAGCAACGGAGGUUUUGUAGUUUGGCAUGCGCCCGCUCAUUCGAAUCACUUCGUGUGUACAGUGCACCGUUCCGAACAGGAUCUGGAAACAACAAAGUAAGUACGGCAAACGACGACAACAGCAGCAGACCACUAGCCACGUCCUCGACGAACGACAACACAUCCUCCAGCAUCGGGUUGUUGUCGACACCGCCCGAUCAGUUAAUAGAUGAUUCGAAUUUGUCCACGGGGGACGAGGAUAGCAAACGUGUGCCGUUACAGCAACUGCAUCAGCAUCAGGAACAAGUACAAACAAUCGGCUAUCGCUUCAAGAUGUCCGGAACAUCGCAAACUCAGCCGAACUCUGGGAGUGGCGGAGGUAUCCAUAGCAAUAGCAAUAGUCACGAUGGUAGCAAUAACGCCACCAAUGGUAUGUUUGGUGGUAAGAUGAUUGGAGGAACGGGCAUGAUACAGGAGCUAUUGCCCCAGGAGGAAAUUCCUCAGCUACCGAAGGGAAACCGUUUACCGUCCCCGUGUCCACAGGACGACCGUAUCAACAGCAUUCGUCGGAAACCUAACGAGUUUCACAACUCUUACGAUUGGACGCAAGCGCUAGCGGAGCCAAAGUUUUACGCCGCACCGGUCACCUGUUUCAAGCACGCGCCCGGUUACGAUAUGUGGCCUAACGUAGUGAUUGGGAUGAAGGUGGAGGUGGAAAACACGGACUGUGAUGUUCCGCAGGCCCUAAUUGGAGGUAUACCGCAUAGCUUCUGGGUGGCGACAGUGUUGCGCAUCUGUGGUUACAAGGCAUUACUUCGCUACGAAGGCUUCGACGGGGAUGCUUCGAAGGAUUUCUGGGUUAAUCUGUGCUCGGCCGAAGUUCACCCGGUGGGUUGGUGUGCUACACGCGGCAAACCACUGAUUCCACCAAAGAGCAUCGAGAAACCGUCCCCGGAUUGGAAGGAAUUUCUCGUGGCAAGGCUUUCGAAUGCGCGCACCCUUCCCUCGACGUUCUACAAUAAAAUUAGUGAUAGUUUUAAGUCUCGGUUUCGCGUUGGUUUGAAUCUGGAAGUGGUGGAUAAAAAUCGUAUCUCGCAAGUGAAACUAGCGACCAUCAGUAAGAUCAUCGGCAAACGAUUAUACGUACGGUACUACGACAGCUUACCAGAUGACUAUGGUUUCUGGUGUCACGAGGACUCCCCACUGAUACAUCCCGUCGGUUGGGCAACGACGGUGGGACACAACUUAGCCGCGCCGGAGGAAUACAUGGACAGGAUGAAUGCGGCAAGUGAUCAAAUUUUAGAACCACACGAAGACGACGCUACGAUGGACCUGUUUAAGACCAACUUUCAGUUCGAAGAGUACUGCUACGAUGGUAAGCAAACAGGGUUCGAGGAAAACAUGAAGCUGGAAGCUGUCGAUCCACUAAACCUUUCCUCGAUCUGUGUUGCCACGGUCAUGACGGUGCUGAAGUUUGGCUACAUCAUGGUACGCAUCGAUUCGUACGAUCCGGACAUUAAUGGGGCAGAUUGGUUUUGCUAUCACGAAAAAUCGCCUUGCAUUUUUCCGGUCGGGUUCUGUGCAAAGAACAACAUAACCCUGACGCCACCGAAAGGAUACGAUCAUAGCACCUUUACCUGGGAACAAUAUCUGCUCGAUACCAAGUGUAAACCGGCAACAGAGGAUAUCUUUCAUCGAGACCAAAUUCGGCAACGGUUUAAGGUUGGAAUGAAAUUGGAAUCUGCCGAUCUAAUGGACCCAAGACUGAUCUGUGUUGCAACGAUUGCACGGGUGGUUGGACGUUUGCUAAAGGUACACUUUGAUGGUUGGGAAGAUGAGUAUGACCAGUGGCUGGAUAGUGAAAGUCCCGAUAUCUACCCUAUUGGAUGGUGUGUGCUAGUGGGUCACAAAUUGGAGGGUCCACGUAUUCUGCCAAAGGUAGUGCCGACACAAAAAAUUUCACCCAAAACGACCAAAAAAGGUAAAAGAAAGAAAAAGCUGAAACUGGAACCUCCACAAGAUGAUGAAAUAAUGGGUUGUACACAUUAUAUCGAUAAUUUUGCAGCCCAACCAGCGCCCACGACACGAACGGCGAGAAUAAAAAAGGAACAAGAACACUUUGAGCAGCAGAAACUGUUGUCCGCAAAUCCAGGACAAUUCGACUACAGUUCUCUCAGUCACAUGGUUACGACCGAACUGGGAGGUCAACUAUCGCAACAGUAUUCGAGUGACAGUGGCACCUCAAUGCUAAUGGGGAAUCAACUGCAAAUGCAACAUAAUCACCAACCUCCAGAGCUGGGUAUUGCGUUGAGUGGUAGCGACAUCACCAGUGCAUCGACAGCUUUACACACAUUCAUCAAACACGAAACAAACCACGACACAACAGCAUCGCUGCUCAGCGGAACGAGCUCACUCGGACCAAUCUUCGAUCACUCGUCUAGUGGUACCACUGGGCCAGCAUCCGCCACAGCGGGCAAUGCGAUCGAUACGGACGAUGUAGAUAUGCGUACGGAGGACGAAGAUGGUGAGUCUAGUUCCGCUACCGGUCUUCCGUCUACAGCACCGUCGUCGGAGAUUGCAGACAACGAGAUAGAUAAGACGAUACCUCGAUUGAUUCACCACGAUUCAGCACACAGUGGCGGAUCACCGGACUCGGCCGGUGGUGGUACAGCUGGUGGUCUUAGCAACUCGAACGGAAGUAACUCCGGUUUGGUCGGUGUCGGUGGCAUACUGAACUCGUCUUCCACUUUCGGUAUGACGGUUUCGAACAGUGGGCAAAUCAUGCCAGAUAGCUGGGAAGUGAAGGACGUGGCUACCUUUCUUACAAUCAACGAUUGUGCCGUACAUGCAGAACAGUUUGUGCAGAACGAUAUCGAUGGCAAACGUUUGCUGGAUCUCAGCAAGGACGAUAUUAUUACGUUGCUUAAUCUGAAGGUAGGCCCGGCACUCAAAAUUUUCGAUCUCAUUCAGCAACUAAAGUGUAAAAUCGAUCCGACCAAAUUGCGCCACCUUUCUAAAGGGACCGGUAAAAAGUUUCUUUAGUAGCUAUCAUUUUGCAGGGUGCAGCUUUCUAAAGAAACAACUCAGAACGGACAGUUUUGUGAUGUGGAGUUUACCAUAUUCAGGUUUUUUUUCCAUUGUAUUUUUUCUUAGCCUAAUUUUUUCGCCUUUGGCCUAGCACGUGUCACUGGAAAUAGUACUACAUGCGCGCAGCUAACUAGUACGAGCUGUUUUCAAUAGUCACUUUUUUAAUGUGCAAUCCAAAGUAUCUCCUUUUUCUUACCGAUCCAUACGCUGGUCUUCUUUAAAUAUGAACUUUGCUAUAUUAACAGAAUUACACAUGUAGAAAUUUGAUUUCAGUUUUGAGUCAGUAAUCAUAUCAAUGUAAUAGUUAAAAUUACAUGAUUAUGCUAAAUUUUUAAUGGGAAGUAUGAAACUUUAACAUUGGGGUUUCAUCGCAAUACGAAACCAUUUCUCCGUAAUUUGAGGGAGACAUUUCGGUUAGAGUAAUAUAUAUUUUGUUUUGGAAAAUUUGUUGAAACAGUUACAAAGAUUCAACACAAAACAAGGCAAUAAUUUUUCAAAAUGUUGCAGCAAACAUUACACUGUUGGUACCCUAACAUUUCUAUCUACCUUUUUUGUCUAACAACACACAGUUUUUGUACCAGGAUGUGUUAAUCCUAUUCCUUUGAAAUACACAGAUUUUUUUUUCAACCUGGAUUAUGAAGUUCAUUUUAUAACCUACCAACAAUAAAUAUUAGCAAUUUUUUAACGUCAAAGCAUCAUAUUAUUCCUAUUUAGGGUCACUUUUUUACGGACUUGAUGAAAUUGAUUUACAAGGCAGGCCCCAGUUUCAUGAAUACAUGUUGUGUUAACUUAUCCGUUUAGGGAUAUGAUAUUCGUUUAAAGGAAGCAUAUAGAAUGAAAAUAAAAUGUAAAGCUAAGGAAUGCACGACCAGUUUCACAACUUUGAAUGGCAAAAUCAGAAGAAGAAAAAUUACAAAUCAUAUUAUCAGUAGGGUACAAGAAACACGUACAAUAGAGCAUACCAUAAUGAAAACACAUAUGUUAACACGACUGGAACACACGAAUCAGGGAUUAAUAUCCAGUAAAGCAGCAGCAUAAAAACACAGUGAUCAAGACUUUUUAAAAAAUAAAUCUGUCAUCCACCAGAAGGGUAUUGCACAACCCGUCUAGUAAAAUUUAUGAAUAUUUCAGCAUAAGCCUAACAACACUUUGAUACAACAACAAAACUGAUCUUGAUAGAUACAGCGCAGAAAAUAACAAAUUUGAUUAUUUAAUGUUCACAACUCUUUUGUACAAUAAUUGCUUUGUUGUUUUAAGGAAUUUAUUUCUAGUAAAAUACUGGAACAUAGCACGAAAAUAUUAAACUAAAAAUUAAAUAGUGAAAUACACCAUCGUUUCCGAUUACUUUGAACGUUCGAUAUAUAUACUAAUAAGUAAAAAAUCUAUCCCGGCCAUAGAAGGAUCGGUCUAUGCGAGACAGUUUGGUUUUGGUAUCAAAAAAAACAAGUCCGAUUUUUGAUCGAAUUCUACGCUUACUUUUGUUUACUCAUUUUAUACCUUGUUCGUCAGGGUAUUGACAAAGUAUUGAGGGUCAAAUAGCAUGAUGGAUAGUGCAACACUCCAAAACGCCUUGUUUGAACUACAAUCAUGACAGAGCAGAUUCAUACACUGAGCUUUUCAUUAUUAGACGAUUAUGGGUACUACUUAAAAAAACAAAAAAAUGAUUAUUUGUACUACCGUUAAGAAACAGAGUAAUCCUUUCCACAAUUGGGUAUUUGAUCAUUGCGACAAAUGCAAAUGACAAACACCCAGCAAUAUUAUUGGUCAUUUGUUUGAUUGGCCCAUGGCGAAAGGCACUUUCUAAAUUUCGUUGGAUACUCCUUUUAUCGAAUUGCAGUCAAAAACAUGAGUUCAACAUGAGUUACGCAGAAUACUAAAUUAUUAGUUAAUGCAACGAAAGUUUCACAAUGGCAUUAUUAUAAGAUUGCGCUACAUGUUUCUGUAUUACGUCACAUCAGACUUUUCCUUCCAAACUAAAGCAAAACAGCUAAAGCAGAAGAAAAACGUAACAAAUCAAAACGCUUCAAACUCUACCAAAUGUCAGGUUUAGUCUUCAUAAUAAUUUUCACAUCAUAAGCUGGAUAGAAAACUGCACAGAGAAAUACGGUUGUUUAUCGGCUUAUCGGAAUGACUGCUACUGCGCUUCUUCAUUAUGUGGAUAGUUGACAAAAGAGUGUUGCCGCAAACAAAUGGAGCAUGUUAGUAGAUUAAAGCGUAAUUUGCGUUCAUUCUAGAGCAUAAAGCUACCUUUUGUUCGAAUACAUACUGUAAAAAGCGAUAUCAUUUUAAGAACGGUUGCCCUGGUUAAGUUGUCGCCAGACCAAAAUGUCUGAAGUAGAUAUUAUAAUUCGUGAACGUACUGCAGUUGUGGAUGCUGGUAAAUGCGAUAAUGCAGUGAAUCUGAGUGAAUGGAAUUUAAAGUUAAGCGUUGAUACAAAAGAAAAGCAAAAUUGUACAGUUUAUAUUAGAGAGCGUAAGUCAAUAGGAUGAACAGUACACAGCACGUAUGAGUUUAGAGUAUGUAUAACACGUUAAGAUGAGAUAAUUCCAAUCAACCGGAUACGCGGGAAUUUGGAGUUUGUGCGUGGAAAACGCAUAACCGAGUAAUUAUUUUAUUAAAAAAUAUAUCUACACACAAAGAUAGUAA